UUGAGCUUGAUCUCUUGGCUCUAUGGACGGAUGGAGACGUGGAUGGCUCGUUCUUCUGCCGCUGUGUGUGUGCGCUGACAGCAGAGUGACUCUUGUGAAAACCACUGGAAAAGGGCCAGACAUCACUCCAGUGUGCACCAGUCAGAACCUGACUUUGGUUUUAGUGAAAUGUUGGAUCAGCACAGAGAGACACACAGGGGAAACCUGCUGCCAGCUAUACAGACUACAGCAGCCACUAAAGUGCGGCUGUGACUCCAGGUUCACGCUGAUAGACGUGAAUCACACUGUAUUUCUCCACCUGACCAGUUUAACAGCAGCAGACAGUGGCAACUACACCUGCGAAUGCUCAUAUGAAAGAGAAACUCAGGUUUUAAGUCUUAAUAUCACAGUGGAAUUAGAGGACGACACGUUUUCUGGCAUGAAGUUCAUGGCAACAGUCAUCAUCAUCUCUGCUGUUGCUACGCUCAUCAUUGUGGUUGGGAUAACGUGCUGUGUCACCCUGAGGAGAAAUCCUCCCAGAGAAAACCAACCAGGACCAUCUAACUUAACCAGAUCUGAAACUCUGCAGACUUUGGAUGAAGUGGACCCCUACAUGAGCCUUCAACACCCGACCACUGAUGUCUACCAAACUAUCUCGUCAGGUCGCCCCCAGCAUGAUGCUAACUCCAGUCCAGCUACCUGUGAUGUCACAGUGAUGUACAUUAAUACUCAGGGAAUAGAAGGAAAAGAGUUACAUGUUGAUUAUGCAAUCUAUGAAACUAUCAAGUACUAAGUUGGAAAUAUUCAAUAUCUACUUAGUAUACAAGGUGCAGAUAAUAUCUGUUUAUAAUAUCUGUAAAGUAAAGAGAGAUAUUUUGUUGUACAGAAAAUGGGUCCUAUAGACUAACAUGUCAAUCAGAGGGUAGAAAAUGUGCUUAGAGGCCUUUUUUGUUCUGUUGUUUUGUUUUUGCAUUUUAUGUAAUUCUGUGUGAAACCAUCAACUCCACAACUGUGAAUCUCAGACAAAUCUAUAUUAUUAUAUUGCUUCAUGUCUGUU